UCCGCCCCCCGCUCUUAAAAAAGAACCCAAACCUGGUGACGUUUUGUUACAGUGGUGUUGCUGGGACUGGGUGAAGAAAAGAAAUGGCGAUGCUCGGAGGUUUUAGCUCCGCGCAGCCCAAGAAGAGUGUAUCUGAAGAGAGCAGCGACGUGUCGGAUUAUGUCUGUCCGGUUUGCCUGGAAAUUUUCGACAUCCCUCUAACAACACAAUGCGGUCAUACUUUCUGCCAGAGCUGUUUGCAAGAAUGUCUGCGUCCACAGAAGCCAGUGUGUGCUGUGUGUAGGACAACUCUGAACCACUGGACUAAAGCUGCUGAUAUAGAGGCCGCCAUCCACAAUACAAUUGCAGCUUGCAAGGGAUGUGGUGUUCAGGUUGGUCUUUCUCAAAUGAGAAGCCAUACAGCCGCGUGUUCAAAAUACCAGGACUACAUUGAGGAAGGUGUUAGAAGCACUGCCCAAAAUCAGCCAGCCAUCAUCAGUUCGGUGCCGAAUCGCUUCACCUUCUCCUGUCCCUACUGCAACUACCAGAACCUCGAUCAAGACGGUCUAGUUGAACAUUGCACUUCCCAACAUGCACGAGAUACACGCCAAGUGGUGUGUCCCAUCUGUGCCUCAAUGCCUUGGGGAGAUCCCAACUACAGGAGUGCUGACUUUUUCCAGCACCUGAAGAUCAGACACACUUUCUCCUAUGAUACUUUUGUUGAUUACGCCACAGAUGAGCACACAAUGAUUCAGGAGGCUUUACAACGUUCCCUUAUGGACAAGUGAAGUGUGAGCAACAAGGUAGCAGCAGAAAGAAGAGGAAUGCAACCAAGAGAGCAGGGGAUUCUCUUGGAAAGACAAAAAAAACAACAAAAAAACAAACACUGUAUCAUUAAUUAACCUGUUCAGAGGAUGGUUGUACUUAAUUGCAAUGGAUAACUAUUAUUUUAAGGGGAUAUUGGGUCACAUUUUCAAAAUCUUAAUAACUUGGAAUAAAAGAAGUAAUGGAUUAUGAUUGAAACACGUUGUACUGUUUGAUUUAGGACCGAUGCAGUGUUUCCAUCCUGAUAAUCUCUUAUCUUCCGCUCUGCUAAUUAUGUGUUCUUGGUAGUUAGUUUUGCAUCUCUUUAAUUAUGUUUUAGUCACUUAUUUAGUAAUGACUGUGUGUCAUACAACCAAAAACUUCCAAAGUUGUUAAAAAAAAAAAAUAAUAGGUUUGUCAAUACUUGAUGUUAUGAGAGGUUUUGACCACUAGGUGGCUAGAUAUCACCAGAAAAUGACAAACUUUCUGAAAGUUGUCAGGCUUUAGUAAUAAAUAAUAUCUUGGCCAAGAAUGGCUAAGCUUUCUGCAUUGACAGA